AGUCAGGCCAACCGCAACCGUCCGAUUGGUAGCUUGCGGCCGGAUGUACCUUGACAUCCUUUAUAUGCGCUUCUAGACGCGAGUCGAAGCAUCCAGUCCGACCAAAUCCUGCGCGUCCGUACUCUGCUUCCCCUCCGGCCACGGCGGCGCUGCUCUCCGGUCGGAAGAUGUUGGAUCUUCCGCUACAAAUCCAAGCAUUGAGGAUAAAGAUUAGUUUCCCUUUCUGUUAAAUUUCUCUCACAGUUUGGCGAGCUGUUAAUUUCCCCCCAAAUUUAAGCAGCUGCUGUUUUGAAGGUUUCUUCUCCGGGAAAAAAUUUUCAAAUCCCGAAACCGACCGAGGUUGCAGUAGCCGCAGAUGCUGCUACCCAUCAAGUUCCCGGGCCCAUAAAUUAUACUCGACUUGUGAUUUCGUUUGUCAAUCCUAGCUAUUGCAUUCUGCGUGCAUGUGGUUUCUGACCCGUGAAUUGGAACCGCAGAAAUCUCUAGGCGACGAAUCGAAUCGAAUCGAGCAGGUACCAGGUAGAGGAGGAACCAGGCGGCCAUGGCUGAGCACCUGGCGUCCAUCUUUGGCACGGAGAAGGACCGCGUGAACUGCCCCUUCUACUUCAAGAUCGGCGCGUGCCGGCACGGCGACCGGUGCUCCCGCCUGCACAACAAGCCGUCCAUCUCGCCGACGCUGCUGCUCUGCAACAUGUACCAGCGCCCGGACAUGAUCACCCCGGGCGUGGACGCGCAGGGCAACCCCAUCGACCCGGAGCGGAUCCAGGAGGACUUCGAGGACUUCUACGAGGACAUCUUCGAGGAGCUGAGCAAGCACGGCGAGAUCGAUAGCCUCCACGUCUGCGACAACCUCGCCGACCACAUGAUCGGGAACGUGUACGUGCAGUUCCGCGAGGAGGAGCAGGCCGCCCGCGCGCUGCAGGGGCUGCAGGGCCGCUACUACUCGGGCCGCCCCAUCAUCGCCGAGUUCUCACCGGUCACGGACUUCCGGGAGGCCACCUGCCGCCAGUUCGAGGAGCACAGCUGCAACCGCGGCGGCUACUGCAACUUCAUGCACGUGAAGCAGGUCGGCCGGGACCUGCGGCGGAAGCUGUUCGGCCACCUGCACCGGUCCCGCCGGAGCCACAGCCGGAGCAGCCGCAGCCCGAGCCCGUACCGCCACCGCCGGAGCUCGUCGCGGUCGAGGGACCGCGACGACGACUACGACUACUACUACCACUACCGUAGUGGCAGUGGCAGCCGGAGGAGCAGCGAGAGGCACCGCAGCCACGACAGCGACGGGAGCCGCCGCCGGCGCGGGCGGUCGAGGAGCCGGAGCCCGGUGAGGGAAGGCAGCGAGGAGCGGAGGGCGCGGAUCGAGCAGUGGAACCGCGAGAGGGAGGCCGCGCAGGUGUGAGCAGAGCAGCUGCUGUGGCUAUGCUCGGCUGCAGUUUGCCGCAGUGAUGAUGUCCGCUUGGUUAGUUUGCAAGGUCGCUGAAAAUUUCAUCUUGUACUAGUAGUUAGUCAGGAUCAUGUCGUAAAUUGAACUCAAAAUUCGGGGGUUUCAAUUGUGACCAUAGUGUACUUGUGGUUGUCAUUGAACUUGCUCUGGAUGUAUCGAUGGAACCUAAUUUCCAGUUUCAGUAUGAGCUUGUGCUGAUGAUCGGUGCUCUGUA